AAGAAUUUUCAUGGUUUGGCGCGAAAGCAAAUUAAAUUUACGACUAAAGCAAGGAAGCAUCGUUUUCGCGGAGAUUUUUAUGGUUUUUUAAAUUGCUAUUUUUAAAUAUAAAUUAAUUGAAUAACUCUAAAUUGUUGAAAAAUGUGUGACUCUCCAAGUUCGGAGCAAAGAAGCAAACGGCGGCGGAUUGAUAAACAUGGCCGGUUUGCGGCACUGGAGAAGCUGAGGAAUGUUAAAGCAGCCGGCGGUAAGCACAAGUACGAGGUGGACGAUAUUAAAAACGUUUACGACGAAGUGGACGAAACAGAGUACGCCAAGAUUGUGAACGAAAGGCAGCGGGAGGACUUCGUGGACGAUGAUGAUGGAUCCGGCUACGGUUAUGUCGAAAACGGUCGAGAAGUAUUCGAUGAGGACGAACUGGAAGAUGAGGGACCUAGCCGAAGUAAGAAGAAACAAAAAGACCCGAAGGGAAAGAAACGAACACGCGAGGAAACAGCACCGGUAACGGGACGGAAGUCCCUGAAGAAUUACUUCAACAAGGAACAUGAAUCAAAGGUGAAAAUAGCGGACGAUGAUGUGCUGGCAGAUAUUUUAGGAGAACUCAGUUCAGAGAAGGAUGGUGGUCAAAAGCAGGGCUCCACGAAUCAGACAACGGAGAUACGUCCGUUGAAGAUGACCCCGAAAUCGAAACCUGUCGACAAGGACGAAGAAAUGCGGAAAUAUAUGGAAAACUUUAGCAAGAACAUAAAGAAAACUGAAAAAGUCGAGGAGGCGGACAGUGACGAAGAGAUGUUGGACCGUGUUCUGAAGCAAAGCUCGACUAAGCAGAAAACUAAGGCUGCGGUUUCUGUAUCGAGGAAGGAGCCGAUGAAGAUAUCUGAGGAAAUUCCACCAGAGCCCGUCAGAAUAGACGAGGUUGAAGUUAAAUCAGAGCCUGUUGCUGUGGAAGCAGCAGAAUUGUCCCAUUUGGAAAACGACUUUUUGGAUGAUGAUUUCGAUCUAACAGGAGCGGAAGUAGAAACCCAGGUGACCCAGAAAUGCCCAUUGAGCCAAGUCAAAGUAGAAGUUAAGGCAGAAGUCAAACUUGAUUCAGACAAAUUGCUAAGUGGAUGGGGAAAUAUUUGCGAAACGGAAUUGGAUGAUGAUAUGAUAGCCGAUAUGGACAUGUGCAUUCCGGAAGGCACUUGUUCUACGGACGGAGGCGAAACAGUAAGGUUUUGGUUUUGGGAUGCCUGGUCAGAUCCAACCAAGAGACAGGGGGAGAUGUAUAUUUUUGGUAAAAUGGCCACAGGGAAGAAGGUAAACGAGUUCCAGUCUGUUUGUAUCCAUGUUCAGAACGUGGACCGCUGUAUGUACAUGUUAGCAAGAGAGAAGGAAUACAACAUCUCCAGCGGAAUGGAUACCGAAAAGGACGUGAGCAUGCUGGAUGUUUACAACGAGUUCUGCAACGACAUUAGCACUAGUUUGAAGAUUACCAAGUAUAGAACAAAGGUGGUGACGAAGAACUUUGCUUACACGAGCUCUAUGGCCAAUUUGAAAAUUCCAGCUGAGAGUGAGUACCUGGAAGUUAGAUACAGUGCCAAACUUCCACCGCCGGACACAGAGCGGAAGUAUCGUACAAUUUCCCAUAUCUUCGGAACCAAUACAAAUAUCGUGGAACAAUUCCUACUGGAACGGAAGGUUAAGGGUCCCUGUUGGUUGGAGAUGAAGAACUUUAAAGCAAGCCCCAGCCCUGCCAGUCACAGCAAAGUCGAGUACGAAGUUCCAGGAAUCAAUUGCAUAAGUGUGGCCCAAGAUGCAUCAACCAUGGCACCUCCUCCGCUUGUAAUAUGCGCAAUUAAUGUACGUAGCAUCCUCAAUAAGGCCACCAACGAGAUUGCGAUGAUAUCCAUGCUGGUUCACGAUCGAUUCCCGCUGAACAAACCCCCUCCAAGUCAGCCCUUCAAUCGCCAUUUUUGUGGAGCCGCUCGUCCAGCUGGAACCAGCUGGCCCCACGAUUUCAACCCACAAGACCCGACGCUGAAAACCAAAGUGACCAAAUGCGAAAACGAACGAACCCUGUUGAAUUGGUUCCUUUCGAUGUACGGAAACAUUGAUCCGGACCUUGUGGUCACACACGAUGUUUACGGAUUUCAGCUUGAUUUGAUAUGCCAGAGGUUAAUGGCAAUGAAGAUUCCACAAUGGGCUCGUAUUGGCCGACUGAAGAUGAAGAUGCCGUCGAGCAAGCGAGUGGACGACUUCUUUGUAGGUCGGAUGGUACUCGAUGUGAAGACCAGCGCGGAGGAACUGAUUAAAUCCAGGAGUUACGACUUGGCCACUCUCUGUACGGAAGUGCUAAAGGUCAAGGAGGGUUCUCGAAAAGACGUGUUGCUGGACGACAUUCCUGGAAUGUACGAAAACUCAUCGGAACUGAAGGAGCUGAUCGUGCUGACCAUGCAGGAUAAUUACUUUACGAUGAGAAUUAUGUGCGAGCUAAACGUGCUGCCACUGGCAUUGCAGAUCACUCAGAUUGCAGGGAAUUUAAUGAACCGGACUUUACACGGGGGUCGAGCCGAGAGGAACGAAUUCCUGCUCCUGCAUGCGUUUACCGAAAAGGACUACAUCGUGCCGGAUAAGGCUCCCAGGGCUGGACCGGGUUUUAACCAGGAGAAACCGGAAGCGGCUGCUGAUCGGCGCAAGCCUAAAAAUAAGGCGGCAUACUCCGGCGGUCUUGUGUUGGAACCGAUAAAGGGAUUCUACGACAAAUUCAUCCUGCUGAUGGAUUUCAACUCCCUUUACCCCAGCAUCAUCCAGGAGUACAAUAUUUGUUUCACCACGGUGCUACCACCGCCGACGACCGAUGCGGUAGAUGACGAGAACUCCGGCGCCGAGAUCCUACAAACAAACGAAAUGGGAAUAUUGCCCCGCCAAAUUCGUAAACUCGUCGAGAGCAGAAAAUCAGUGAAACAGCUGAUGAAAGCAUCCGGUCUGGCACCGGAACUUAAGAUGCAGUACAACAUUCGUCAGAUGGCGCUCAAGCUUACGGCCAAUUCCCUGUACGGGUGUUUGGGUUACACCAGAUCCCGAUUCUAUGCUCAGCACAUGGCCGCACUGAUCACGCAAAAAGGUCGGGAAAUUCUUAUGAACACCAAGAGCAUAGUGGAAAAACUGAAUUAUCAGGUUAUCUAUGGUGACACGGACAGUAUCAUGAUCAACACCAACAGCAUCGAUUAUGACGAGGUGUUCAAGAUCGGUGCCAACAUCAAGCAGAUCGUCAAUAAAACUUACAAAUGCUUGGAGCUGGACGUCGACGGAAUCUACAAGUACUUGCUGCUGUUGAAGAAAAAGAAGUACGCGGCUGUUUCGAUUGCCAAGAUCGGAGAAAAAUUCGAAUGCACCCAGGAGCUGAAGGGUUUGGAUAUCGUUCGGCGAGAUUGGUCGAGGCUGGCGGUGAUUGCCGGAACCGUAAUUUUGAACGAAAUCCUGUCGGACAAGCCGAUGGAUGAGCGGAUAGAGAACAUCCACACGCAGUUGGAAAAGGUUAAAAACGAUCUCUUGAGUGGGGUUACAGCAGUUUCUCUUCUGGAAAUAACGAAACAAAUAACAAGACCGCUCAAUGAAUAUCAGGACACUGCGCAGCUGCCUCACGUGACUGUGGCAAUGAGAAUGAACAAAACACGUAGUCGAAAUUUCAAACGAGGCGACGUGGUUGGGUACAUAAUUUGUGAGGAUGGAACAUCCGCAGCAGCCAUGAAGCGGGCUUAUCACAUCGAUGAGCUGAAAGAUCCGGUCAACAAAGACAAAUUGAAACCAGAUGUCGAUUAUUAUCUAUCGCAGCAGGUCUUCCCAGUAGUGUUCAGAAUAUGCGAGCCCCUCAGCGGAACGGACGCUUGCCGAUUAGCGUUAUGCCUUGGGCUGGAUCCCAAGAAGUUCCAGAGCCUGAAUAUGACCCAGAAGGAUGGUGAAAGAGAUUACGUAGACGGUGAAGCGAUACAGAAAACCAUUACCCAGAAGUUCCGUUAUUGCCACUGGUUUGAGUUCACAUGCGUGGUAUGCAAAACGAAAAAUCCUGUUGCCAGCGGAUUUAAGCCGGAAGGAGGGCGGCACAAAUCUGUUUUCGAAAAAUGUCGCAACGACGCCUGCAAGGUUUUGCCUCAGCAGUACCUCCCGGCGAUCGUCAACCAACUUAGCUUGGCCAUACGAGGCGACAUCAAGCGAUUCUACGAACGCUGGAUGGUUUGUGAUAAUCCAAUUUGUGGGAAGAACACCAAGCUUUACUCUCAGGUCGCCACCAAGAACAAUCCGGUCUGUUUGCAUUGCCAGAAAGGUCUCCUAAUCCAGCAAUACUCGGAAUCGGAUCUGUAUCAACAGCUCAAUUACUACAGAUACAUGUUUGACCUGACUCAUCACGACAGCAGAGUGACAAAACUAUUGUCGCCAGAUUUGCGCAACAUCUACACAUCGCUGAGUGCCGUCGUCGAGCGGUUCCUAUCGCACUCCAAGUACGCCAACAUCAAACUGUCCACCUUGUAUUUGAACUACACGAUGAACUCCAGCUCGCGGCAAGCAAAAAUUUACCCGGUCAAAGAACUGUCCGAAACGAUGGCCAACAAGCAGAAAGCAUCCUCCUUAGCCAGAGGCGCCAAACGAAUUCAGUGGCAGAAGUACCUUGGCUACGAGUGAAGUACGUAUUUGUUUAGUUCUAUCCCUGUCUACGGUUUAAAGUUUAAAAAUAAGGAAGAAUUGCAAAUAAGAUAAAGUAAAUUUCAACGAA